UUCUGUUGUCUUUUAGGUAACUUUGAACGGAUAAAAUUUGAGCGAAAUUGUUUUCAGCAAACUCUGUUUAUUUCGAGAUGUAAAAACCGUCGGCGCAGACGCAGUAUACUUACGUUUUCGGAAAGUCCGGAUAGCCCAGUGGCUUCGCAGCCACCCGAGUAGUCGGGUGAUCUUUGUCUCACAGAAUGUCACGGAUUAACUUAAAUAACCCAAAUUAUAACGAUCCUCCACCCAGUUACGAGAAUAUUUGUGGACGUAGUGCAGCACCCAAAAACAAUCGGAUUGGAGAACACGAAAAAAUUACACGAUCACGUGGAGACACCGCAACACCCAUAUAUGGAGUUACGGAGUGUAGUGUAAGACCUACCGGUGAUGGAACGGACGAGUUUUCUGGGACAGUAUCGUUACCUGAAAUAGAACAACAUCAUAAUCAGCAAACAGCGUAUAAAAAAUCAAAUAAAGCAUUCAUUUUGUAGUUAUACUGACUCAUGGCUUGAUUAUAAAUUUCAUAAUUCACGUACUUACUAUUGCAAAUACUUUUUAUAACUGAGGUGUGGUGUAUAAGUAAUGAUUUUUACAUUUUCUUAAUGAAAUUAUGUAUUUUCUCAUAGAAAAGCACGAAACAAUACUGUUUAUUUUGGGAUAUUUGAUUUUUUUUAAUUCAGAGAAUAGAUAGGUUCACUGAAUAUUCAAAUGACAAGAGAAAAUGGAGCAAGAUAAAUAUACAUAAGUAAUAAUUAUAAUAAUUCAUAGAAUAAAAAAAUAACUGCCAGAACAGCUGAUGAUAGCGAUUUGUCUCGGCUUUAAUGUAUACAUUGUACAUACUAUAUACUGUUUUAUUUUGAAACUUAUAUCGAGAUAUAAACACUUGCUACCAUAAAUGUCUGAAAUUUUUAAUCUCACAGCAUAGUGAUAUAUAUUAGUAGUAGGUUAUUCUUAAUAUGCAAGCAAUAAACUAUUUUUUUUAUACGAAUAGACAGAAAAAAUCUCACAAAAAUUUUGAUGAGCAUUUGUAUUAUUAAUGUCUAGUCUUUGAUUUAGGACGUUGUUCAUACUGUAUAAAGAGCAAAAUAUCAACCCAUUAUAUUUAAGACGAUAAGUAUAAUAGAUUUGGCCACUAACUUGUUCAAAAUUAGAGCAAAAUCUUUGCAGAUAUAUCUUAGCUUUGUAUUUAAAAAAUAACAACCCAAGGCAACUUCUGUAACAUUUCGUUCAUUAGAUAAGAGAUCGCCUAAUGUGUUAGUAUUCGUCACGAGAAAUGAAAUGCUCUAGUCUCUGUUAGGAGUGACAAUAUUUUUAUGACAAUUGUACAAACAUUGUUGUAUAAUCUUGACAGUAAUCCUAAAAAAUUAACAACAUUGCAUUAUUCAUUUUUUUUAAUUAUUUAAAGAAUAAACUAGGUAUAUCUGGCGCGAGCAAGCCUCCAUUGUGCUCGCCUAUGGGUAAACUUUUGUUGACUAUUUUAUCUAUUUAAGAAAUAUAUCAGCGUAACAUCAGAUAAUUGUUUAAGUAAUUAUAAUUUCUAUAGCAUAUUUUAUAAAAAGUAUUUAUGUUAGCGUAAACGUAAGUAAUAAAUAAAACAGUCAUGAUCAACUUUCGCGGUCAUCUCCGAGAUUUUCGAUGGAUCCCCCAACUCGCCAAGUUAGCCGAUGAAUUUAUUAGUUUGAUAUAAGACGAUAGAGUUACGAGAUGAGAUUUCGAUACAAAUUUGAGAUGGAUUGUUUCCUCGAUUUAUAUUAUGGAUGGAAUGGAUAUAAAACUAAAACUCGACAUUUCAUUUUUCUACAAAAUAAGAUAUAUUUGCUUAUGUCUCCUUGAUGUGCGUAUUUUAUACUUAAUUAAUUAUCAUCACGUAUCUCUUCGAUACGCUACGUAAAUUAUAUAUACAUAUAUAUUUUUUUUCUCUCUCCCUCUCGCUCUGUUCUCCCCACCUUUUCCUCCUAGCCUUUCUCCUUAUCUCUAUCUUUCUUUAAUUUUGUCAGCCUCUUUGGAAAAACCCAACAUUUAAAGUACUUACAAGGACGUUUGUAUAAGGUAUUUCUGUUGGAACAUUUUACGCAUCCUACAUAGAACCUUUUGUAUUCCAUCUCAAUGUAUUCUAAAUGAAUCAAUAUAAGUUUGGUUAUUUAAGCUAUUAAUUUCGCAAAAUAGUAAAAAGACAAUUUAUUCCUCCUCUGUUAUUUGUCUUUCGCAUAUAAUAAAACUUAUAUAACAGUGAAUUUAUCAUAAAAAAUUUGUGUUUACCAAUAUUAUAUUUUUAUUCUGCUUAUCGAGUUUUGUCAAAUCAUGAUUCUCGUAUUGAUCACUAGCAUCUUUAAUGACGAUUAGAUUAUUAAACGAACUUCAAUUAAUCUCAUACAAGUCUUUUGUACAUCUUCUUAUCUGAGUGGGUUUAAGUACGCACGAUAUAAUCAGAGAGCAUUGCGGUUUAUAUAGCUUCAUCAACGAAUGAUGUUUUUAUCUUGUGUUGUGAUAAAAUCCAUCAACGCAGACGCAGUCCCCAAUUCAAAAAGUCCGAUCAGCCGAACGCGUUUGCUAUGUACCUCAGUUGUUUCGCGACCGCCGAAUCAGUAAGUCGUCACCGGUCGUCACGCGCUAUACGUCAUUGAAUGUGUAAUUAGUCUCAAAACAUGUCGAAGACCGAUUCCAGUGCCGAUAAUAAUUGUUCCCGCGAUCCUCUGACUAGCUAUGGCUGGCGGGUACCGAAAGACAACACAUUAUGUGGAUACAGUGCAGAGUCUAUCAAAGAUUCAACAAGAGUAUACGAAUCAGCUACGCAGUCAUUUGGCGAUAACAAUGAGUUGGCAGAAGGAGACAAAAAAACAACACACACUUACAAUUUUAUAAGUAGUGAUCAAAUAGCCAGGGACAAAACGACACAAGACUAUACACCAACGGCUCCGGUGUACGACAUUACAAAUUCAAGAGCAAAAUUUAAUUAUACAAAAGACGAUGUAGCGGUACCGAUUUUGGAAUGUCCAAUAGAUAAAGAAAAUGCGAAGAUAAGAGAAUACGAUACGCAGGCGGCGCCACCCAGGAUUCACCGAUAUAAACAAAUAACGCCUCACGUAAAUAAUAAUUUGCAGAUGAGGCGAAUUGAGCAACAAACUAGCGACCGUGAUUGCCUACCAGUUUAUUUAAUAUUAGCAGUUAGCAUAUUUUGUGUCACCAUAUUCGGCGGUAUCAUAUUAAUCGGACGCUAUAAUGCACGUCAUUAUCAUGAGAAUUCUACUUCAUAGAGAAAUUGUAGUAAGCAAUAAGCACAAACCUUUCGAAAUUAUGACGUUUAUGCAAUAGAAAUAUGAAAGAACAAUACAGUAGAUAUCGAGGUACAUAUGGAAUCGAGAUGACAUAAAGUAACACAUGGAAAAUUAUGGUGUAAAAAUACUAGAAUAAUAGAUCAAAAAUGUAGCUGAGUUUCAUCAGUCUGCACAAAAUGUGAAAGGUCAAUCAAUUGUGACAAAUACAUGAAUUCCGACAUCCACAUAAGUAUUGUUGCUUCCUGCCAAAUAAUAAAGCUUUAUAAUCAGAAGACAAAUAUAA